GGUAACUGUUUCUACAGGUGGGUAGGUGGAGUAACUGUCUCUACAGGUAACUGUCUUUAUGAGUGGUUGGGCAGAGUAACUUUUUCUAUGAAUAGGUUGGGUGGGGGAGAGGUAACUGUUUCUAUGGGUGGUUUGGAUAGGGUAACUGUUUCUACAGAUUGG